ACUUAAAUGAUCUGGUGUACCUGUAUUUAGGAUGUCAUACUUGAAGACCACAGUUCAUGCGUCUACUGGAGAGGUAGAAAAACAGGACUCCGGAGAGUUGCUUGAAGCAAAGGAGGAGGGAGAUGAGGAAGAGGGUGCACAGACAGAAAAGAAAAAGAAGAAGAAAAUUGGUUUCAGGGACCGCAGGAUAAUAGAAUAUGAAAAUCGUAUCAGAGCUUACUCCACCCCAGAUAAAAUAUUUCGCUACUUUGCAACAUUGAAAGUGCACCAGGAACAAGGUGACUGGGAGGUGUAUAUGACUCCUGAGGACUUUGUUCGCUCCAUCACACCAGGAAUGAAGCAGCCAGAGGGUACGGCUAAGUACACUUUCAUAACAACAAAAUUCUUAGCAACUCGGAACAAAAAUAUUUCAGAAGUUUUAAUUGUACAUGGAUUGCAGCUGCCUUCUAGUUUUGUGAUCGAGGGAAUUUUAUUUUAG